CAUUAAUUUUCAUUUUUAAUUCAAUAGUUUAUAUUUUAUAUCUUUUAUUAAUAAAUAAUGCUAAAGUCGGCUUAAAUUUAAACUUAGACUUAAACGGCUAAGCACUAAAACUAAAAAGAAUAAAUUUACUAACUAAAGAAGUAAAGAGUUAAAAGAGUAAAGACCUAACCUAAGCCAGACUAAGCCUAGGCCUAAGGCCUAAUAAGGAGUUAGCGUUAGCCUAAGCCUAAAGUUAAAGGGAUCUACACUCUAUACCUAGAUCUAAUUAUUUAAUUAUUAUUAUAUAGAUUCUAGAUCCAGCCUAGCUCUAGAAUCUUAUGAAUCUUAUAUAAUACCUGUACAGAGGUUACUUCAAAAAAGUAGAUGAUUACGUCCUACGCGUCAUGCAUUGAUUUAGUAUAGUAUAGACAGUAUAUAGAUUCUAGUAAUAAUAGUAUUAUUAUUAUAUAGUCAGACUAGUCUCUAUUUUUUAAUUGGCUGGUUGUCAAGAUUGUGAUGAUUAUAGAAAAUUAGAUGCUUUUGAUUCAACUUUAGGCUAGUCAACUUGGAAGGACUUGGUGACACUUAGUAGUAACACUCUGACUUAGUGGCUUAUUCAAUUAAAAAAUCAAAAUGGAUUCAGAACUUUGGGAUAAUGCUGGUGCAUCACAAGAAGAACGAAUUCGAGCUUACGGAUCAACAGGGUCAAAUUUAUCACCUGGACCUAAAAUACGGGAUAAUGAAGAUUUGGAUAUUCAACUUCAUGAUUUCAAGGGGGCACAUUUGAAAGAACCUCUUUUGUUACCAGAGACAAGUACAGUGGUCAUAAGUGGGGACAAAAAGGCUGCCAUUCGCCCAACAUCUUUACAUUCACUCCUGAGCAGUCACUCUGGCAGUCAGCGGAGUAAUUACUCAGAAACCUCAUUCCAUCAGCAUGCCAGUUGGAUUAAACAUCCAAAAGUGAGAGAAAAUUGGAAAAUAGUCGCAGCAUCUGCAUUUCUUUCCUUGCUUGGUAUAGCAUUGAUCCUGACUGGUCUUGGGAUUGCAGUGACACCAUCUAGAGGCUAUCAUUGUCUGAUAUUUGGGAUUAUUGGUUUCUUGUGUGUAGUGCCAGGUGGCUAUCACUUUGUUUAUAUCUACUGCGCUGCAAUAGGGAAGCCUGGUUAUCAGUUUGAAAAUCUGCCAGUUCUACGAUAGCUGCCGAAAAACUCCUGCUGCAUAGUAUCGGAUUGCUGCUGUUGGGCUGGUUUUUUUUUUUUCAUUUGGUUUCUCACACAGUCGUCAGAAAGGAACCAGACAAAUAUUGAAGUUGAAAUGUCCCUUGAUGUUUUAGUGUAAUGAUGAGCCAAUGGACUUACUUCCUGUUUAUUUGAUGUUUUAUUCAGCCAGAUUCUGUUCUCUGAUUUUCUGACAAUGAAGAUCUUGAAUUUUACAUAGAUGUUUUUUUUAGCCAUCUAUCAAUAUGUACAUUAAUUUGUGUCCUGUACUUAGAAUGCAGUGUACUUAACUCUUUGUUUGAAAGAAUGUUUCAUCCAAUUAAAUUAUCAAUAGCAGAAAUUGUACAACUGAAUGAAUCAUAAUUGCUGUAAAGUAUCUGAGGGAUAAAAUGUGCUUUCUGUCUGAUGCAUUGAUGUCUCAAGAGUUUUGCAGAAUUUAAUUCAAACUAGUCAAACAAUGUCGCAUAAUUUAUUAGCUUGAAAUUGAGUCACUGAACUUUUAACCUCACAUCAUCUAGACAUGUCUGGAGACACUACAUUCAUGUUGAUCAGAAUGUAGUUAGUCAAUUACUGGUUAAGCCAAUGAAUGUGUUCAACUCAAAAGUUCGUUAACAUCAUUUUAGCAUUGAACCACUAUGUACACUUAUGUACUUAUGUAUUUUUUUAAAUUAACUUUUUAAUUUGGUUUAGUAAAACUGUAUAAUAUUCCAUUCCUAUUUUCUCUAAGGAAUUAACAGUAAUUCUUCUUUUUGUCUGAUUUAUCUUAGUCUGAGACUGAUAGCUGUUUAAAGUCAACUGUUGGUCUCAGAUCUUCAUCAGGGCUCAUUAGAAAUGUGUAGUGCAGGGCUGUUGUCAAGAUAAAUGGCCAGGGUUAAACAUUGUCAUUGUUAUAGUAGGAGUUCAUGGUAUGUUCUCCAGGCUACAGUGAACAGUUCUUAGUUCUUGUCGUAAAUAAUUUCUAGACAUGACCUAUAUUUCUGUUUAAAGAAAAAAACAAUAUUUAUUCACUCCUGUUUCAAUAUUUGUUGACCAUGUAGUUGGCUCUACAUCAUUCUGUACCUAAGAAAUGAUUUUCUGUGUUGUCCUUCAAUGAAAUAAUUAAGUAAAAAUUUUGGUACCUGAUUUUUAGCAUUUUUUUCACCAUUUCUUCUAAAUAUCUUUAUAUAUUUUUAACAUGGGGGGGACUGGGUAAUGCCUAUCUUGUGAUUCACAAUUAUGACAUAAGAUCUUGUUUGUUUCUAUAAAAAAAAUUUGAAGAUGAAAAGAAAAAGAAGAAAAAAACUGAUACCAAAUUAACAAAGACUCUCAAUGUGGCACAAGAAAUAUUUUUGUUUACUUGGUUUCAGCCACUCUACAUUACUUCUUACAGGCUCAGAGUUUGAAUUGAUUAGAAUGAUCUUUCAUAUUUUUUUUUAAAAUACACAUUUAUUUUUAAACAAAAAAGAUUGUUGAGCAUGAAAAUUUGCUGUCAAUCUAUAUUUAUAUUGAGGGGCAGAGCACUUAACUGUCAAGGAAGAGUCCAGUGGCGUAGAUAGGAAUUUGCCAUCAUUUGGGGUCCGGGGGAGGGGGGGGGGGCUUGGCCUCUUUGGGGAUCCCUACAUUCUGCAUAGUAUUUAAUGUAAUAAAACACUCAUUUGGAACCCCCCCUCAAGUGGGGGCCCGAGGGGAUUUUCCAAUUCUCCAUCCCUGCGCUCUAGCUACGCCGCUGGAAGAGUCCCACCAUUUAGACUGAGUGGUAGAGCACUUUAAUUGUUUUAAGAAGAAGGCUCUUUGUUAAUACUAUCCUUCUGGAGGCUGGAACGUUCGCUAAUGAUUUGUAUCACAUGUUGAGGAUGAGUAAAAGGCAGUUGAUUUGCUGGCCAUAAUACACUUUUGUAAACUAAAAAUUAUACAAAUACUGCUUUGAAUUCAUCUAACAUUCUUUACUUUGCACUAAAAUCAGGCUUUUCUAAUUAAUUUUGUUCAUAUGUCAAUGGAUCAAACAUUUCGUUCCAUUUUUUUUUUUUUUUUUUUUGCAGACAUGACCUAAAAAAUGGUUUUACAUCCAUUUGUGUCAUUGAAAUAUUAUGCUCAUUCAUAAUACCAUGUUUUUUUUUUACUUGUUAUAUUUUUAUCUUCCAUAUUGAAGAGUUUUGUUACCACUUCUGUACAUUGUUCAACAGGGCUUAACAUUUCAUGUUUUAAAAUGAACAAAACAAAUCUGAUACUCAUUCUUGUCAACUAAUUGUAUACAUUCCCCCUUUACCCAUUUCCAUUUAUUGAUAGUUUCUGUGUUUACCCCAGACAUGAUUCAUAUUUUAUUUAUGAAUCUAUUAUUGUAACAUAUUUUAUCUAUGAAUCUCUUGAAGCAUUCACAUAUUUAUUGUGAACAAUGUUGAUAUCAUUUGUAUUUUUACUAAACGGCACAGUUAAAUUGUGCUUUGACAGUACAAGUUUUACUACCUACAAGUGUUGACUAUAUUUAGUCUUGGGGUGAAGUUAUUUUUACUUUUUUUGUUUUUUGCUCAUUUUUAUAACACAUUUUUUGUACAUCAGCUGGACAUUUGAUGGUUUCAUGGAACUGGAAGCUUGAUGGGUAUAGGGAACUGAAAGUUUGGUGGGUUCUGGGAACUGGAAGUUUGUUGGGUUCAGGGAACUGAAAGUUUGAUGGGUUCAGGGAACUGGAAGUUUGAUGGUUUCAGGGAACUGGAAGUUUGUUGGUUUUGGGGAACUGGAAGUUUGAUAGGUUCAGGGAACUGGGAGUUUGAUGGGUUUAGGGAACUGGAAGUUUGUUGGUUUCAGGGAACUGGAAGUUUGAUGGGUUCAGGGAACUGGAAGUAUGUUGGGUUUGGUAAGUUGAAAGUUUAGGCUUGGGAGAUGUAAGUUUAAUGGUUUUAGGAAGAUGUAAGUUUUCAUGGAGCUUUCAGUUUCGUUUGGUUCUUGGAGAUGGAAGUUUGAUAUGUUAAGGGAGAAUUGUAAUUUAAUGCUGUCUUUGAAUGUUGAGGAAAAUAGAAAUACAACUCAGUUUUAGUUAUAAUACUUUAACACUAGAAGCAUUCAUUACUUGUAAAAAUAACUUCCUAAGUCAGUGCUUGUUUUUU